UGAGAUGCCACCCUUUAUGUUGGAGCCAUUAGAAGGAGGAGCUAGUCCAAGGGAUGAUGGGCCAGUUACACAAGAAAAUAACCAACAGAGACGUAUGCGCAAUGAAUCUUACCUUGGAGCUGUCAAUAAAGAUAUUCAUAUUCGGGCAGGACUUCAGAAUGUUCUGCAAAUCUUCAUAACAAGUGCAGCAAACGUCUUCCUCCUGGAGGUUUCACCCGACUAUCCACGUCUUCUUGACGAACAAGUAGAGGUGUGCAAGCACGUACUUAAUAUCUAUCGUUACAUGGUCAUGAACACGCGCAUGGAACAGAAAACAUGGGAACAAUUACUUGUGGUGCUACUUCAUGUCACCUCCCAAACACUGUGUGGACGGCCCACCACACAUAAAGAGGAUUUCUCUAAGGGGGGGUUUUGCUCCGCUCUGUUCCAGUUUAUGUAG